AUGAAACAAGUGAUAAGAAAGAGGAAUGAGGUGGAGAAAAUGAAGACUGAGAUAGCAAAGGCAAGAGAGGAGAUCAACAGAGAGCGGCAGGAGCUGGAAAUACUCAAGAUUGAUGUUCAAAGUGCAAGAGAGGAUUUUGAGCUAUUGGUGGAGAAAACAGUGAAUCUAGAAGAUGGAGAAAGUAACAAUGCUGACAUCCAAAGACUAAUUUUAGAGGUUGUGAAAAUCAGGGAAAUGGUGAGAAAUCUAAAAGUUGAUAUGGAGAGCAGGAUGGAGGAAAGUGAGGUGGUGAGAGAUGAAAAGGAAAACUUCAAGUCUGAGAUCCAGAGGCUCAUUCAAGAUAUUGGACAAAUAAGGGAAAAUCUUGGAAGCCUUAGAAAAGAGAUAGAAACCACCAGAAGAGACAAGAAUGAAUUGGAGAAGAUGAAAGCAGAGCUUGCAGAAAAGCAACAGGAGGAAGAGAGCAUGAGAGAAAUGCUGCAGAAAGAAAGAGAAGAACUGGAGCAGCUGAAGGAUGAGAUAAACAGAGAAAAGGAGGAUGUGGAGACCAAAAGAGAGCUGGUUAAGGUAGAAGUAGCUAAAGAAAUAAUGGAAGAGUUUAAGGAUUCAAGAAAGAACAAGGAAGAACUACAAAUGGUCACUGAGGAACUCUUGAGAAACAAGAGUGAUCUGGAACAGCUCAACAGAGAUAUACAAAACCUAUGGCAAACCAUGGAAGAAAUGAAAAUCCUGCAUGAAAAGAAAAGGGCUGAACUGGAAGGCAUUACUUCUGAAGUAAAGAGAGGAGAGCAGAUACUGGAGAAGCAGAAACAUGAGUUGGAAAAGAAAAGUCGGAUUGUUGAAGAAAUAGAGAAAAAGAAAGAUACACUUGAAAAGAUCAAUAUGGAAAUACUGAGGAAGCAAGAAGAUAUAGAAAAAGAAAUGGACAAUGUAAGGCAAGAGAAGCAGGAGCUGGAGCUCUCUAGAAGUGAACUACAGAGACAGAGAGUUGAUGUUGAAUCUUCAAAACAUGCUUUGAUCAUGGAGAAGGAUUGGUUAGAAGAUGAACAAACUAAAAUCAAUCAACAAAGGCAUGAAAUGAGUGCUACAAUGAAGGCUUAUGAUGUGGAACUGAAAAAUCUAGAAAAGAUGAGGAAUGAACUAGAAAACGAGAGGGCUAAACUUGAUGAAAAGUUCCAUGAUGCUAUAAAAAUGGAGGAGAAACUACAGGAGAUGAAGAGUGAACUAAACAAAGAAAAAGAGCAAUUGGAAGAAAUGAGGCAGAUGGUCAGCACAGAGAGGUAUUUGAUUGAACAAGAGAAUGCUGAGCUUCAGAAGAAAUCAGAGAUCACUGACAGACUCAUUCAGGAAGCAAACAAUGAGCGGGACAGAUUAACAGACCUCAGUCUAAAACUUCAAAAAGAAAGAGAAGAUAUAGAGAAUAUCAUCACAGAAAUAGAGACCAAGAAGAAAGAUCUCAAUAUAAUCAGUGCAGAACUUCAAAAUGAUAAGAUACGACUGAAAAAUGACAGGGAUGUUUAUGAAAGGGAAAUGACACAUCUGCAGCUUAAGAGGGAAGUGUUAGUGAGAGAAACAGAGGACCUGGAAAGAAAAGCAUUCCAGCAGAAAGAACGAGAUGAGAUAGCGAAACAAGAGAUUCAAAAUCACAAAGAGGCUCUAGAGCAAAUGAAGGUGGACAUUCUGAAGGAAAGAGAUGAUGUUGACAAAGAGAAGAAAAAUAUACAUUCAGAAAAACAGAAACUGUAUACACUUCGAGAAGAACUACAAAGAAAGGAAAGUGAGCUUGAAAACAGAGUAAAAACUGUAAUGGAGGAGCAGCAGCAGCAGCAGAAACAGACUCAAGAUGAAAUGUAUAAAAUCGAGAAGGAGAUUCAAAAUAAUCUGGAAAGAAAGGAGGCCGAAAUUCAAGAGGAGAGACAGCGAUUAAUGGAAAUGGGUGAAACAAUUACAAGAGAAUACAAUGAAUACAGAAAGCUGACUGAAGAAGUACAGAAAGAAAAAGAACAGCUUGAAAUCAGCAAAAAGUUGAUGGACCAAGAGAAGGCUAAACUUGAAAACAUGAAAAAUGAUCUGGAGAAACAAUUACAAAAUCUAAGACACGAGAAACUGAAUGUACAAGAUGAGAAGAAUGCACUAGAACAGAUAAGAGAAGAAUCCAAAGAGAUCCAAAAUGUUAUCAAGAAGGAAAGAAAAGAUCAAGAGAAAUGCUGCUUGGAAAUUGAGGGUGAAAAGCAAAGAGUGAAGGAAGAAAUCAGACAAUUAGAAAGACAAAGGGAAGAAACUAACAAACUUCACAGUGAGUUGCAAAUAAUUAGAGAUGGCAUUAAAAGUAAGAAAGAAAAGUUUGAUAAAGAAAUGGAAGAAUUACUGCAAAUGAGGGUUGAACUGGAGAGAACAAAAGUAGAAAUUGAAAAGGAUAAUCAACAACUUCAAGACGAUAAAUUUAAUCUUGAAAAGACAAAAGCUGAGAUAAAGAUACAGACAGAUAAAAUGAUAAUAAUAGACACCAACCUAAAGGAGAAAGAAAGAGAAAUUAAAAUCCAACUAGAUAAAGACAGAGAAGAAAUUAAAUGUUUGUCUGAAGAGACUGAAAUGAAAAUGAGGGACCUUGAUGAGAUGAUAAACGAGAUGGAGAGACAAAAGCAAGAAAUUGAGAAAACAAAAGUGAUGCUUGAAAAGGAAAAGACAGAAAUUGCCAAAGAAAAGAAAGACUUGGAAAAACAAAUGAUGGACCAGAUUGAGCAGAUACAAAAGGACAGACUGGCCCUUGAGGAGAUGAAGGAAGAACUUCUUCGUGAAAAACAAGAAAUAGAGGAAGAGAGGAAUAACUUGACAACUUUAAGAAACAAACUAGAAGUUUUAAGAGCAGAGAUACAGAACAAGCAAAAUGAAAAUGAAAUUUUGAAGAAGAAACUUAUUUUGGAAAAAUCAAACAUUGAGGAACGGCAGAUGGAGGUACUCAACCAACAGCGACAGGAUGAUCAAUCCAGGGAAGAAAACAAAAAAGAGAGAGAAGAUCUGGAAAAACAGAGAUUUGAAACUGAACAGCAGAAACAGACACUGGAGCUUAACAUCAUAAAAAUGAAUGAAGAGAAGCAAAUACUUCAGAAGGCCAAAGAAGAAAUGGAAAACAUAACAUACAUGACCAACAAAGAAAGAGACAAGGUUGAACAAAUGCAAGGUGAAAUACACCAUCAGAUUCAGUCAAUUGAACUACAAAAGCAACUCAUGCAAGACAAGCAGAAUGCUCUUGAUGAAAAAGAACUAAACAUACAGAGGAAGGAAAAGGAAGUAGAGAAGAGAAACAUAGAAUUAGAUGGAAUAGCUGCUCAGCUUCACAUUGAACAGGAAGAUUUAGACAAUGCUCUUAAGGAAACCAAAAAGAGACAACAUGCCCUUGAAGAGAUGCAAGUUGAUACAGAACUGCAAAAACAAGAAAAUAAUAAGGAAUUUGAGUUGCUUAAGAAGAUACGGCAUGAAAUAGACAAUGAACAUAUAGAAAUGAAGCAGAAAAAAGAUGAUCUGCAGAUCUGGACUAAACAACAGAAAGAUAAGUUUCAAGUCCAGUUAGAAGAGCUAGAGAAAGAAAGAGAAAAACUGGAAAAAAAUAAGAUAGAGCUUCUUAUUGAGAGAGAACAAACUGAAAAAGAGAAAGCUGAUAUAAAUAGGGUAAAUGAUGAAAUAGAAUCAGUGAGACAAAGAGUGAUAAAUCAGAAGACUGAGCUGGAGCAGAGAGAUAAAUAUAUUACUGAGCAGCAGCAAAGACUGGAUCAAAGUGUAAGAGAGGUAACGGAAGAAAGAAGGGAAAUGGAUGAAUUGAGGAUUGAGCUAGAAGUUCAGAGACAAAGAAUGCAAGAGGACAUGAAGACUAUUGCAAAGCAGGAAAACGCACUUGCGCAACUGAGAGAUGAAAUGCAAAGAGAAAAACAAGACAUUGGUGAAAACAGGAACAUGAAUAACAAGUUAAUGAAAGAUCUGGAAAUCACAAAAGCCAAGCUGGUGGAACAACAAGAAGUGAUCCAAACUGAAGCAGAAAAACUCCAAGAGGAAAGAAAACUGGUUGACCAGACAAAAUCUGAGGUUCAGAAUGAUGCUGAAAAUCUGAAAAACAUCUUAGAAGAGAUCAAAAGGGAGCAAGAAGAAAUGGAGAUAAGGGAGGCCCACCUUAAACAAAUGAUGGAGCAAUGUGCCAAUGCCAUGGAAGAAAAUAAGAGGAAGAAGAGUGAACUAGAAAAGACUAUUGAUGACAUAGAAGAGCAAAGUCAACUGAUUAAGACUGAGAAAGACCAUCUGGAAAAAGAGAGAAAUAACAUUGAAAAGGAAAAAGAAGAUUUGCAAAAACGAGUUGAUGGCCUGGAGAUGCACAUGACAGAACAAAUAGAAAAAGAAGAGAUGAGUAAAAGAUCAAUGGAUGAUGAGAAAAAGCUUUUUGAGGAAAAGGCUAGCGAAAUUCUGAGACAGAGAGAUGAAAUCGAGAAAGAAAAAGAGGACAUGAUGAAGAAGUGGAACGAGCUGGAUGUUCUCCAGAAGACAUUACAAAAACAAAGAGAAGAAAUGGAAGAAAUCAAAUAUGAGUUACAGAUUGAAAAGGCUGAAAUUAAUCAGCAGAAGCAAAGAUUGAAGGAGAGUAUAAGAGCUGUGAAUGAGGAGAGAAGAGAUCUGGAGAACAUGAGGAAUGAAUCUGAAGAAUAUAGACAACAAAUGGAUGAAGAAAUAAGAGUAAAACUAAAGAUGGAGAGAGAGGAACUUCAUCAGAUGAAGAGUGAUCUGGAAAGACAGAAAACUGAAAUAGAUCAUGAGCAGAAGAAAAUAGAUGAUGACAGAAAUAUAAUUGAACUGGGAAGAAAUGACCUGGAGAAGAUGCGGUCUGAAAUAAUGUUACAAAGAAAGCAAAUAGAAGAAGAGAGAUCAGAACUUGACAACAAAAUAAAACAGACUGAUCUAGAAAAAUGUGAAAAUGAGAAGAGCAAAGAAACUGUACAGAAGAUAUUGGAUGAGGUAGAAGAACAGAGAAAUUAUAUUAAACUCCAUGAAGAGAAACUUGUACUUGAGAGACAAAAGAUCAAUGAUGAAAAAGAUUUUCAGGCUCAAAUAAAGACUAAACUGCAAAAAGAGAGUGAAGAAAUCAGCUGCACGCAAGAGGAAAUAAAGAAGGAGAGAGAAACACUGAAAGAAAUGGAAGCUCUUCUACAAAAGGAAAAGGAAGUACUUAAGAGUGUUGCUGAAGAAACAAACAGACGAAAAGAAAAUCUGGAAAUGAUGAGCGCAAACAUAAAUGAACAAAAACAAGAGCUGAGAAAAUACAGAUCGGUUCUAGAGCAAGAGAAAGAUGAAAUAAAAAAUAAAUGGAUACAGUUACAGCAGAGAAUUUAUGAAUUUGAUACUCAAGUCAGACAACAGAAGGAAAAGGAUUUAAUGAAACAGGAGGAGAUGGAAGAAGAUAGAAAAAGUCUAGAACAGACCAAAGUCAAGAUCCUGGAGCUGAAGACUAAAGCUGAGCAGGAACAACAAGACAUAAGCCUAAAAAUACAAGAGUUGAACACACUGCAAGAACAUAUUGUGAAAGAAAAGGAGAAAGAAGCAGAAAUUAUAUUAAAAGCUAAGAUGGAAAGAGAAGAACAUGAUCAGAUAAAGAGUGAACUGGAAAGAGAGAAAACUGAAAUGGACAAUGACUGGAAGACUAUUGAACAAGAAAGAGAAGACCUGGAGAAGAUGCGGUCUGAAAUAAUGACACAAAGAGAACAAAUGGAAAAUAUGAGAGAAGCAAUCAAAUUAGAGAGAUCAGCACUUGUCCAGAAAACACAAGAGAUUGAUCUAGAAAAUAAUGAAAAGUACAAAGAAAAGGUUCAGAAACUAUUGGACCAGGUGGAUGAACAGAGAAAUUACAUUACACUCCAAAAAGAAGAACUACACUCACUGAAAGAACAGAUUAUUAAAGAAAAAGAAAUUAGCAUAAAAGCAAAGAUGGAAAGAGAGGAACUUGACCAGAUAAAGAGUGAACUGGAAAGAGAGAAAUCUGAAAUUGAUCAUGAGCAGAAGAAAAUGGAUAAUGACAGAAAGGUGAUUGAACAGGAAAGAAAAGACCUCCAUAAGAUGAGGUCUGACAUAAUGACAGAAAGAGAGCAAAUGGAAGACAUGAGAGAAGCAAUUAAACUAGAGAGAUCAGCACUUGACCAGAAAAUGCAAAAGAUUGAUCUAGAAAAGAAUGAAAUUGAAAGGAACAAAGCAAUAGUUCAGAAAUCAAUGGAUAAAGUAGAAGAGCAAAUAAAAUAUAUUAAACUCCAGAAUGAAGAACUUGACCUUGAAAGACAAAAGAUCAAUGAUGAAAAAUAUCUUCUAGCUCAAAUCAACAAACAGAAGGACGAAUAUCUAACAAAACAAAAGGAAAUAGAAGAAAGUAAAGGUCUAGAAGAGAUCCUGGAAAUGAAGACUAAAGCUGAGCAGGAACAUCAUGAUGUAAACAUAAAAAUACAAGAGUUAAACAUGCUGCAAGUACAGAUUACUGAAGAAAGAGAGCAACUACAAGAAAUCAGAAAUAAGGUUUUGAAUGAAACAGCCACACUUGAGAUGAGAGCUGCUGAGAUAAUUCAACAACAACAAACACUGGAUGAGAAUCUGAAAGAAAUGAGAUACGAGAGAAAUGAACUUCAUAGGAUGCAAAAGGAACUUCAGGCUGAAAGACACCAAAUGGAAAAGGAAAUGAAUACCAAAACUGGUGAAUUAAUCAGAGACAGACAAGAAAUUGAAAUGAGCAAGAACAUGACAAACAAACUAACAGAGGACAUGGACAUCAUGAAAGCUAAACUUAUUGCACAAGAAGAAGACAUGCAAGUUGAAAAAGAAAAACUAAAUGAAGAGAGAAAAGAAUUUGAACAAUUAAAGAGUGAUACAGAAAGAGAGAAACAAGAACUCAGUAAGAAUAAAGACAUCAUGAAUACAGUAAAAGAGGAACUUCACCUGGAAAAGAAGAGAAUGAAUGACGAGAGGGAAGAGAUGGAUGUGAACAGUAAGAAAGUUCAAUUACAAAUACAGACAGACAAAGAGAUGAUUGCUAAAAUGAAAGCCCAACUCCAAAGUGAGAAAGAUGAAUUUGACCAUAUCAGAGAAGAACUGACAGGGAAGAGAGAAGAAAUGGAGAAAGAAUGGGCAGCAUUAGAAGCAGAAAAACAAACUCUACAGCAAAACAGCAAUGAAAUCUUGAGACAAAGGGAAGACACGGAGAAGGAAAUAGAGGGCAUUUUGAAAAAGAAAGAAGAACUAGAAAAGCUUCAGACAGAAAUCCUGAAACAAAAAACUGAAUGUGAAAACAUUACAACGGAGAAAUAUUUGCUUGAAAUGUUAAGAACUGAGUUAGAUCAUAAGCAGCAGAAGAUGGAAGAUGACAGGAAGGUGAUUGAACAGGAAAGAAAAGACUUGGAGAAGACAAAUUGUGAAAUAGUGACGCAAAAAGUGCAAAUGGAGAAAGAUCUCGAGAAGGAAAUCAAAUCAGAGAGAGUGGUAAAGGUCCAGAAAAUGCAAGAGACUGAUUUAGAAAAGGAUGAAAUUGAAAAGAAGAAAGAUAUAGUUCAGAAACUAAUGGAUGAGGUGGAGGAACAGAGAAAUUAUCUGAAACUUCAAGAAGAGGAAACUGAACUUGAAAAGCAAAAGAUCAGUGAUGAAAAAUAUUUUCUUGCUCAAACUAAGACUGAACUGCAAAGAAAAAGCGAACAAAUUGGAAAUACAGAAGAGGAAUUAAAGAAGGAGAGAGAAACACUGAAGGAAAUGGAAGCUCAUCUACAAAAAGACAAAGAAGAAAUUAAGAGUGUCAUUGACGAAACAAACAGACGAAAAGAAGAUCUGGAAAAAAUUAACACAGACAUAAAUAAACAAAAACAAGAGCUGAAGAACUGCAGAGACCUUCUAGAAGAAGACAGAGAAGAAUUAAAUCAUAAAUGGACACAGUUACAACAGAGAAUUGAUGAAUUUGAUGCUCAAGUCAGUAAACAGAAGGACGAUUAUAUGAAGGAACAUAAAAAGAUGGAAGAAGAAAGAAAAAGUCUAGAAGAAAUCAAAGCUAAGAUCCUGGAGCUGAAGACUAAAGCUGAACAGGAGCAGAUUACUAAAGAAAAAGAGAAAAAAGAAGAAAUGAGAGCAAAGAUGGAGAAGGAAAAACUUGAUCACCUAAAGAGUGAACUGGAAAGAGAAAAAACUGAAAUUGAUCAUGAGCAGAAGAAAAUGGAUGAUGACAGCAAAAUGAUUGAACGGGAAAGAAAAGAACUGCAUAAGAUGAGGUCUGACGUGAUGACAGAAAGAGAGCAAAUGGAAGACAUGAGAGAAGCAAUCAAACUAGAAAGAUCAGCAAUUGGCCAGAAAAUGAAAGAGAUUGGUCUAGAAAAGGAUGAAAUUGAAAGGAACAAAGCAAUAGUUCAGAAAUUAAUGGAUAAAGUAGAAGAGCAGAGAAAAAAUAUUAAACUCCAGAAAGAAGAACUUGACCUUGAAAUACAAAAGAUCAAUGAUGAAAAAUAUCUUCUAGCUCAAAGUAAGACAGAAUUGCAAAAAGAAAGUGAACAAAUCAAAUACAUGGAGGUUGAAAUAAAGAAGGAGAGAGAAACGCUGAAGGAAAUGGAAGCUCAUCUACAAAAGGAAAAGGAAGACAUUGAGAGUGUCACUGAAGAAACAAACAGACAGAAAGAGGAUCUGGAAAAGAUGCGCACAAACAUAAAUGAACAAAAACAAGAGAUGAGUAAAUACAAAGAGCUGCUAGAGCAGGAGAGAGAAGACCUGAACAAUAAAUGGACGCAGUUACAGCAGAAAAUUGAUGAAUUUGAUACUCAAGCCAGGCAACAGAAGGAAGAAGAUUUCAUGAAACAGAAUGAGAUGGAAGAAGAAAGAAAAAGUCUAGAACAGACCAAAGUCAAGAUCCUGGAGCUGAAAACUAAAGCUGAGCAAGAACAUCAAGACAUAAGCCUAAAAAUCCAAGAGUUGAACACACUGCAAAAACAUAUUAUGAAAGAAAAAAAGAAAGAAGAAGAAAUGAGAGUAAAAGCAAAGAUGGAGAGAGAAGAACUUGAUCAUAUAAAGAGGGAAUUGGAAGGAGAGAAAACUGAAAUGGACAAUGACAGGAAGAUGAUUGAACAGGAGAUAAAAGACCUGCAAAUAAUGAGGUCUGACAUAAUAACAGAAAGAGAGCAAAUGGAAGACAUGCAAGAAGCAAUCGAAUUAGAGAGAUCAGCACUUGUCCAGAAAAUUCAAGAGACUGAUCUAGAAAAGCAUGAAGUUGAAAAGAACAAAGAAAUAGUUCAGAAAUUAAUGGAUAAAGUAGAAGAGCAGAGAAAUUAUAUUAAACUCAGAAAGAAGAACUUGACCUUGAAAGACAAAAUAUCAAUGGUGAAAAAUAUAUUCUAG